CAGGUUUGCUUUCCGGCAGCGUGAGCUGACCCUUUUCCCAAUUUCCCACACCGUAGCGCAGGUUCUCCCCAGGUGUUAAUGGGUCGCAGUUGGGGUUCGGGAGUUCGAGUCCCACUACGGAAUGAGCCUCUUUGACCUUUUUCGGGGCUUUUUCGGCUUUUCUGGACCUCGGAGACAUCUGUUCUUAUUCCACUUUGCUACCCAUGAGUUGAUUUUAUGGUUUAAGUAGUGAGUGCUGAAGUUUUGGUGGCCAAUCUGCCUCCACCUCAGCCACAGAGAUCCCUUUUUUGGAGGGAUGACUCGAGAUGAAGAUGAGGAUGAGGAGGAAGAGGAGGAAGAAGCCACAUGGGGCCGUGGGAGCUCGAGGUUUGAGCCCCCUGAGGAAUUUGGCUUCGGCUUCAGCUUCAGCCCUGAAGGAGGAAUGCGUUUCCACGAUAACUUCGGCUUUGAUGACCUAGUACGGGAUUUUAAUAACAUCUUCAGCGAGAUGGGGGCCUGGACCUUGCCUUCCCGUCCUCCUGAACUUCCAGGUCCUGAGUCAGAGACACCUGGUGAGAGACUGCAGGAGGGACAGACGCUCCGGGACUCAAUGCUUAAGUAUCCAGAUAGUCACCAACGCAGGAUCUUUAGAGGGGUUUUGGAGAGUGACCCAAGAACUGACUCCCCAAAACCAGCACCAGGCUGGGACUCCCAGAGACCUUUUCAUAGGUUUGAUGAUAUGUGGACUGUGACCCCCCAUUCUAGAGCCAAAGAGGACAAGGAUCUUGAUUCCCAGGUUUCCCAGGAGGGCCUUGGCCCAGUUCUGCAGCCCCAGCCCAAAUCCUAUUUCAAGAGCGUCUCUGUGACCAAGAUCACUAGGCCAGAUGGGACAGUAGAGGAGCGUCGGACUGUGGUGGACAGUGAGGGCCACACAGAGACCACAGUAAUCCAUCAAGAAGCAGACGGCAGUCCUAGAGAUGAAGUUGAUGAGCAGUUUCAUCUCAAUGUGGAGUGGAGACUGGGUGGGUCAGAUUUUGAAGAUCAUAGGAACCUGACCAUUGUAACACCUUCAGACCAUCUUCUGUAAGCCUCUUGAAAUCACCUGUUGUGGAGGAGUAAAAUCCAUGCCAGUUUCAGCUGUUCUGAAAUUGAUCUGCAGAACUUUCCUGGGAAUACCUGAGGGGCAUGUCUGGGUUCUCCUCUUCUGGGGCCUAUCAGAUAUCUUGUUGCUUUUCUCUGCUUCUUCUACAGACACAUACUAUUCAAGCCUGAGAGCCAUUGAUGUUCCUACCCACUUUUACUACAGGGUUUGAAAGUAUACUUUGUCACCUAGCUCUAUUGUAAAUGUCUUUAAUUAGUCUUUGACUUUGCUAUUUGUUCUAUCUUAUGUGGAGAUGCAAGAAAAGCCAAAAACCAGGUUUUCACUGCACCUACUGUCUUCCCAGGAUUCCCACCAUUGCCUUUUUUUACACACAAAAAAUUGUAAAACUCUCUUUAGAAUCCAAAAAUGAAAUUUAUUGAUAACAUUACCUGUAGAUAUAAUUACAUGUUUAUGUGUAUAUAUGCUUAAAUCUUCUAUAAAGGAGAAAUAAAAAGAAAGUAAUUAAUAAAGAAUAGUAUUUUUCAAUAUGUAAAUGUUCCAACACAACUAGAAUCUAUAAUGAAAUAUUCUGACCAAUAGGUAUUCAUGUAGCCACCCAAAUGCCAUGGAAAAUGCAGCCUUAGUGAGCGUGUUUUUCUGAAAUGGUGACUGGCCCUUGCUGAAGUUCCAAGCAAAAUAAAGUACUGUCUUCCCUCAGUUUA